GUGAUGAGAAAUCACACAGUGCUAACAACAUUCAUCCUGCUGGGACUGACAGAUAACCCCAAACUACAAGUUCUGCUUUUCGUGUUUUUGUUUCUCACCUACAUGUUAAGUGUGGCUGGAAACCUCACUAUUAUCACCCUUAUACUUCUAGAUUCCCACCUUAAAACUCCCAUGUACUUUUUCCUGCAAAAUUUCUCUAUCUUAGAAAUCUCAUUCACCACAGUCUGCAUUCCCAGAUUCUUGUACAUUAUAACAACAGGAGAUAAUAUUGUUUCCUACAAUGCCUGCGCCACCCAAUUAUUUUUUAUUGUCCUCUUUGGAGCAACAGAGUUUUUUCUGCUGGCUGCUAUGUCCUAUGACCGCUAUGUGGCCAUCUGCAAGCCCCUGCACUACACGACCAUCAUGAACAACAGAGUCUGUACCACAUUCGUUCUCUGCUCUUGGCUUGCUGGCCUCUUGAUUAUUCUCCCUCCUCUUGGCAUAGGCCUCCAACUAGAAUUCUGUGACUCAAAUGUGAUUGAUCAUUUUGCCUGUGAUACAUCACCCAUCCUACAGAUAACUUGUUCAGACACAGCACUAAUAGAGAAAAUUGUCUUGAGUUUUGCCAUACUGACCCUCAUCAUUACCCUCAUAUGUGUCAUUCUCUCCUACAUAUACAUAAUCAAGACCAUUCUAAAACUUCCUUCUGCCCAACAAAGGAAGAAGGCCUUUUCCACCUGCUCCUCCCACAUGAUUGUGGUCUCCAUCACCUACGGCAGCUGCAUCUUCAUCUAUAUCAAGCCUUCAGCAAAGGAAGGAGUAGCCAUUAAUAAGGUGGUGUCAAUCCUCACAACCUCUGUUGCCCCUUUGCUUAACCCAUUCAUUUACACACUUCGAAACAAGCAAGUGAAAGAAGCCUUUAGAGACAUGGUAAAAUGGAUUGCACUUCUCACAAAGAGGUAA